AUGUGGUACACCGGCCUGACCAUCGCCUCUCUUUACGGCAUCAUUAUAGUUUUGGGGCUGAUCGGCAACAUCACGCUCAUCAAGACGUUUUGUUCUGCCAAGUCCAUGCGCAACGUGCCGAACCUCUUCAUGUCCAGCCUCGCGCUCGGGGACGUCCUGCUGCUGGUGACCUGCGCUCCGGUGGACGCCAGCCGCUACCUGACGGAGGAGUGGAUGUUCGGGAGGAUCGGCUGUAAGAUCAUCCCCUUCAUCCAGCUCACGUCGGUCGGAGUGUCUGUAUUCACGCUCACAGCCCUCUCCGCUGACAGGUACAGGGCCAUUGUCAAACCGCUGGACAUCCAGACGUCGAUGACCACGGCCAGCAUCGUCCUGCGAGCAGCGCUGAUUUGGCUGGUCUCCCUGCUCCUGGCGAUCCCCGAGGCCAUCUUCUCCGACCUUCACACCUUCACUGUCACCUCCACCAACGAGAGCUUCAUCACCUGCGCUCCUUACCCCCAUGCCGGAGAGCUGCACCCUCAGAUUCACUCCACGGCUUUCUUUCUCAUAUUCUACAUCAUUCCCCUGCUAGUCAUCUCCAUAUAUUACACUUUCAUUGCCCGCAGUCUCCUGAAGAGCGCCUCGAACCUGCCUGUGGAGGGAAACGUGCACGCUCAGCGACAGGUCGAGUCAAGAAAGCGACUGGCCAAGACGGUGCUGGUGUUUGUUGCUCUCUUUGCAAUGUGUUGGUUACCCAAUCACGUCAUCUACUUAUACCGCUCCUAUCACUACUCCCAGGUGGACACCUCUCUCCCUCACCUGGUGUGCAGCAUCGCGGCUCGCAUCCUGGCCUUCACCAACUCCUGCCUCAACCCUUUUGCCCUUUACCUCCUCAGCAACAGCUUCAAGAAGCAGUUCAACCAGCAGCUGUGUUGCUGCAGGUACGUGACCGUCAAGCACUCCUUGUCGAGUUCCACUCGCUAUAACGCCCGGGUGACGUCUGUGCGCAGCACCCGUCACUCCCUGGCAAGUCUGACCAUGAUCAACGGCCGACAGGUGUGA